UAAUCCCGCUACCCAUUGGACGGUGGAAAAAGUUCCUACGGUCUCUAAGUUUUAAUCUGAUUUACUAUAGUCCGGCAGUGCUCAGUUUGUUACCUUAGCUACAUGGGCAGGCAGACAUUUUGUAAGCCCCGUGGCUGAAAAACGCGUUCCGGCCGUUUCAGAGCUGGAGGAACUCCUCCGCGGCACUAUCACCUGUGCAUUUUUCGAACCGACCGAGGUACAAAUAGAGGAAAAAGGGAGGAACGAAAAAUUAAUUCGAAGCGUAAACGCGAGACAUGCAAGCCGCACGUUACAUUAUUCGCCUUAAUCUUUGUUUCGUUACGUUAUCGUCGGUUUUUGUAGUCGACUUUUCUGCAGGACUUGUCGAUCGCACGCUGCUAGCCACAUACGAUUAAAGAAAAAGCCACGGAGCCGUUACGCCGCCAGUCUUCGUCGUCGCAGCUUCAAAGAAGGUGGUUCUUUACACCACCGGUGUGUUUCUCGAAGUAACACGAAAAGCUGCCCCGGACGAUCAGCGUCGAAGACGUGCGCGAUAUUCUCGGUCGGGAUUCGGUUACAAGUUCAGUUGUAUGUGCCCUUUAUCGUCGUCUUUUUUUCACUCCUUUCCCCAACGAUCAUCGAGGAAUUUUUAUCGUUCGAACCAACAAGAGCUGAGAAGAAACAGUGCCUUUUGCUCUUCGUGUGUAACGUACAAAAGUGCUUCAUCAGUUCGAAUAACCGCGCGUGCGUAAGUAAGGGUGAUUGAAGAAGUGGUGUUCCAUAAAAUUCAAACGAAAGAGAAAUAUUUUUCGAAACGAUAUAUAUUGGAUGCAGUGAUAAAACGCCGGCGAGUGAUCGUUACGUUUUAAAUAUAUCCAAAUAAUAUUUACAAGCAAGUUUUUCAACGCACGCUCAAUAAAAUUCAUUUACAACGUAUUUUAUAAAACGUAUAAAAAAUUUCACAUUCAUACGAACGGAAACGUGUGUACGAACUGUGUGCACACAUUCGUUAUUAGAUCGGAAUAUUUUCCCGCCAAAAAAUUAUGACACCCGCGAUCUCCAGCGGAAUAUUUUUCUACACGGUUUUGAAAGGUGAAUUUUUACUCGCGUCCUGCGGUAUCUGAGCUUUUUUCUGUUCUUUUUCUUUAACGGUAUAAUGUGUGCAAUGUUGUAAGUUUUUUUUUUUUUUUUUUUAUCGGCUUUCGUAUCAAUCAAGUUUGGUCGGUUCCGAUCGCAGUUUAUUUCUACCGGAUAACGAGUCGUCGGUCUACCUGCGACGCGGUAUUUUUUACAAAAUUUGUCAAACUUCGUCGUUACAAGUGAAAAUAAUUACAGUGAGUUCGAAUUAUCAUUGAGUCGUUAUGCAGUGUAAUUGAACGCAGCUGUUCCGCAAGGAGUUUGAUAAGUGCCUUUGAUUAUCGAAAUCUGGAUAACGCGGGUGAUUCAAGAAUAGCCAAAAUUCUACCCCUUCAUCAAAAAGGUGGCCGGAUAGACAGAGAUGGCAUGAAGGAGGGCUCUGGCAACGCAGCCGAGGUGUUACCAGUGGGAGGCAGCGGGGCUGUGCUGGUGCUCAGCGAACUGGAGAACAUGGCGGCCAGGCAACAGAGGGAGAUCGCCCAGCAAAAGCGACUCUUGGAGCAGAGGGAAGCUCGCCUAGCCGUGCUCCGGGGCGCCCAGGAGCCAGCACAGCAAGACAGACUCGCGAGAUUGAGGCACCGACUGGACCAACAGCAGAGCAAACUGAACCGCUUGAGGCUACUCAGAUCGCAGACGGAUCAGUCGAGGGCGAAUAACGCGACUCUCACCUCUGACCUCGACUGCAUCCGAGCGCUUUUCAAUGAAAAGGAAAAAGAACUGUCUCUGGCCGUUGCCAAGGUGGAAGAACUCACCCGACAACUCGAAGAAUUGAGGGGUCGCCACAACAACGGAGGUGAACAUCUCACGACCCCCGCGAGUGCGGAACUAGAAAAAUUGAGGAGGGAACUAAUGUACCGUAACAAAAUGAACGAGCAACAGAACCAGGUCGUAUCUCAGCAGAGGUUGGCGCUCGUCCAAAGACAGGCUGAAAUGGCUUCGAUAGACGCGAGGAUAGCGCAGCUGCAGGGUCGUCUUCAGCGUAAAAGGGCGCUGAACCAACGACUCAGCCAACAACUGGGUUCGAGCCAUCGCGUUGCGGUCGGUGGAAACCACCCUAACUUCACUGAUUCGAAACUUGAGUUUAACAUCAGCAACAAGUCGAGACCGGCCGGAAAUAUAGCGGCCAUAGAGCCGUACUCUCACAUACCGAGCAACGAUUUUUCGAUCAACAAAAAUGACCCCAAGUACCAGACCCUACCGUACAACACCAAAUUCACCGUUAAUUUCAAGCCGGACGAUGACGUUAACAAAAAUAAAAUUCAACACAGCGCCAGCGCCUCGCAAAUUGGACAGAGGUCGUUUCAGCAAUUCGGACAUCAAAUAGCGCACAGCCAGUCUCAGUCGCACAUUCAAGGACAAUCGCAACCCCUAGUUUCGGCGACGAACAAUCCCGCGACAAACACCGUCAACUUUUCGGGGCAACCGGCUAUCAACAAUAACGGUUCCGUUACAACGACGAAUACUUGUACAACCGUUACCACGUCGGCAACGGCAACGGCGACGACGACAACGCCUAACAAUAAUAACAACAAUAACAACAACAACCUUGCCAACAACAACAACAAUGUUACGAACAACAACAAUAACAAUAAGUUCAGCGAUAGACAGGACAUCAGGAUUCACGGACAUCCGCAUAACUCGAAUAAUCAGAAACAGCAACAACAGCAGCAACAACAACAACAACUUCAACAUGGGAAUUUGGGCGUGGGCGGAAACUCUUCAAAUCCAAGCGGUAGCAUAGCGACCAGUGGGCAAAGUCAUAGGAACUUAUCGACGCAUCAAAAACCAGUUUCCAGUGUCGCUCCAAGUUUUCCGGUAAAAUCGCCGAUUUAUCAAACAUCGUCGACGAAGAUCCAUCCGGUUAUGCCGCAGACGUUGAGUCUCAUAGGUCACGCGCAAUCGGCUGCUGGAAAUCAAGGAUACGGAACGAACAGUGGUCAAGGAGUGAACACUCAGGAGUCGCAACACCCGGGGUAUCAGGGGGGUAGUCAGAGGCAGAAUUUUUCUGGAAUUAAUCAGCUGCACAUGGGUUUUAAUAAUCAAUCACAGAGCAGCCAGAACGUUCCCGGGAAUGGAAAUGGCUCAGCCGCAGCGGCGGCAGCAGCGGCAGCUCAAAGUUCGGCGAACUUUCAGGCAAACAAUUAUCCUGGACACCCCUUCGCUCAGAGCCAAAGUCAGAGUCAAAGUCAAACGCAGAGUCAGAUGAUGAUGAACGCGAAUUCAAACUCAAACUCAUCAACUACGGUCGGUGAUCACGCCGUUAAGUUUCCCUCGGAUUCGGUACAACUCGGAAAAAUUGGUGACCAAAGUAUGAUAACAAAGUAUGAUAAUUCUCAGGGUAAACAGCAGUUCGAACAACAAAAUCAACAGAGUUCCAGGCACGAUCAAACUCACGGUAAAUACGAUCACGUGCAAAUAAAACACGAGGGUAUCGGGGGUGCGGUGGGACAGCAGCAGCAGCAGCAACAAAUGAAAUUCGAACAUCCCUCAAAUUCUAAACAGUACAACGAGCAUAAUCAACUAUUUGCAAAGUACGAACAACUACAACUGCAGCAUCAAGGAUUGUUCGACAACAAUUCGGGGAGUCAGAAAUUUGAUCAUUCUAUAAAAUACGAUCACGCAGCUAAGUUCGAACCACCGGGGAACAAACUACCGGAAAAACCAUUCGAAUAUGACAGAAUGAAAUAUGAAGGGGAUAGGAAAAUGGUCAACUUUGAUAACUCCAGGGGAGAAGAUAAAACCAAACCCGCGCUACCGCCCAAACCGAACAAACCCAAUCCUCCGCCGAGGUUAAUUCACCAUGAAAAAAUUGAAGCCAACGCGGAUCUGCAGCAGGAUGGAAAAUCAACGCUCGUAGUUGGCUCUAGAUCGGAGAAGGACGAGGAUAUUCCACCGAUCCCGACCUCCGAGCCGCCGGAAUCUCCAACGGAGGCUCAAAGUCAUCAGAUAAUAAAAGCUCGACCCUUGACGUUGAAGAAAGCGCCUCUUUCCGAGCAACCGAAGCUUAGAUACUCGAAGUCAAAUGUCCACGUAUCAAUAAAUAGGAGGAUUGAGAUGCCCCCCGCGUUUCUUUUCCCUGAAACCGAGAUACCCGCCGACCUAAUGCAAAGUGAUCAGGUUGAAAUUACGGAUAACAAUCAGCAGAUAAAACGUGGUAGAAUAGAAUCUUCCGGCGUUAUAAAAACUGGAGGAGAUCACGAUCAGAUUCAGAGUAACAACACCAACGAAAAAAUUCAACAGACAUCGAACGAAGAUUCUGACAUAGUAGAUGCAUUGAACGUGCUAAACGUCGAAGAUCGCCAACAGUUAUUGCAGCUUGAUAAAAUAUCAUCCAAAGGUGGAAGUGGCGGUGGUGGUGGUAAUAACAAUAAUAAAAUUGAUACGGUAGACAGGGGUAGAUGCGAACCGGGUGAGCUACAGUUACAAGAUUGUACGAAGGUCGUUGACGUUAUAAGGAGGAAAAAGGGUAAUCUUAAAUCCACUACUGGAAAGGCGAAUAUUUCGCGUAGAGUGUCUUUUGACCCUCUUGCUUUGCUAUUGGAUGCCAGUCUCGAGGGCGAACUUGAAUUGGUAAAAAAAACUGCCAAGGAGGUUGCUAACCCUAGCUCCGCAAAUGACGAGGGUAUAACCGCUCUCCACAACGCGAUAUGCGCCGGACAUUUGGAAAUCGUCAAGUUUCUCGUUGAGUUUGGCUGCGAUGUGAACGCACAGGACAGUGAUGGAUGGACACCGCUUCACUGCGCUGCCAGCUGUAAUAAUCUGUCGAUGGUGAGAUUCCUCGUAGAACACGGGGCUUGUAUAUUCGCAACUACUUUAUCGGAUCACGAAACUGCAGCUGAAAAAUGCGAGGAAGACGAAGAAGGAUUCGACGGUUGCUCCGAAUAUUUGUACAGCGUUCAAGAAAAGCUCGGUAUAAUGAACAGCGGUCAGGUGUUCGCGGUGUUCGAUUACGAGGCCCAGCACAGCGAUGAACUUCCCUUAAAAAAUGGUGACUCACUUGUAGUACUCAGAAAAGGUGACGACAACGAGAGGGAAUGGUGGUGGAGCAAACUGGGACACAGAGAGGGAUAUGUGCCACGAAAUUUACUGGGACUCUAUGCGCGAGUCCAACCAGCGAAGAUAGAUUAAAAAGAUGUCAAUCCUGCCGAUUGUAAGAACAAACAGAUAAAAUACGAAAUACAAAUAAUAAUCUAUACAACUGAACAAAUUUGCAUAGAAUUUAUAUAAAUGUGCAUAAUUAUACAUACGACAAGUAUGUACCUAUGUAUAUUGCAUACACACAUCACCACAGUAUUCAAAUUGCAGCUUUAUAGUUAUACAUAUGUCAUUAUUAUACUGACACGUUGUAUUGUGUAUUAUAUUAUAUUAUGAGCAUUAUUUUAUUUGAAAGAAUAGGGGAGGAGGGGGAGAGAGAGAAAACUAAUUGCAUCGUUAUGAAACUGUGCAAAUGAUCGUUUUUUUCCGUUGUUUGUUAUGUAUUAUUUUUUAUUUGAAUUUUUUUUCUUUUUUAAUGUUUGAUAUUUAUGAGGUGGUUUCAAAAUUUUCAAUCUUUUAUUAUUCGUUACGGAAAGAAUUAGGUGUUUGGCAGCUGAUUUAUAACAAUUAUACAAUUUAUAUAUCAUUUAAUUUACACACGAUUCUCAUUCUCAUUCAAAAUAUUAUAUACACAUCUCUGAUUAGACACAUACACAUAUCGUAUAAAAGAAAACUUAUAUCAUCUCAAUGUGAACAUGAAUCUGAAUCAAUUUUAUCACUUCAUUUUCGAAUUUAUAUUCUGUAAACGAUACGUUUAUAGAUAGGUUAUAAUUAAUGAUAACGAAUUUUGAUGUAUCGCAAGUAACUUAGCAGAAAAAAAAAUUGCGAAAAAAAAGAAUUAACAAAAAUGGAAUAUGUAUUUACAUCAUGUAAUAUUUAUCUGGUUAUUUGUUUCACCUAAAUAUUCAAGUUUAGAUGAAGUCAGAAGAAUUUUUUUCCCCGUUGCUCUUUGCCUACUUUUUUCGAUAUCCGACGAAGAUCGUCAUCCUUUGGAUUUUGAAAAUAUAUGUAUCGUCGAAUCUUUAACUAAUAUAAGCUUGCCAAUGUAUCAUGAAAAAUAUAAAUCACACACCUAUAUGCACACACAACACACGUAUACAUAAACGUAUACACAUAUAAAUAUAUAUAUUAUAUAGAAACUAUUUUUAACGGGCCCAAGAAUCUCCGAAAUUCUGACGAUCAUUGUAAUUGUAUUUAUAAAUAGCUGGAGACUCUCCAUAGGCCUCCUUAGAAUAAAUGAAUAGAAAAUCCUAUUAUAUUGUUAUAUAUUAUUAUUAUUAUUAUUAUUAUUAUUACUAUGAUUAUACAUAUAAAACGAUUGUAAAAGGCCUGACGGAGGAGAGUACCUAUGGUUUUAUUGAUAAAAUGAAAUAUGUGCCUUUCAAAGUAAUAAUCAAUAGAUUGUGCAAAAUAUUAUUGCACGGUAUAUUAUUAUUGAAAAAUAAAUUGUUUUUAAUAAAAUUGCAUCCCAAUAUA